UUGCCCGCCCAAACACAUUUCUUACUCCAAAAUUCAAACUCCAUUUGGUUUUCUUUCAAAUCUUUCAUCUAACAAACUCACUCUCUCCUCCUUCUUACAUCUUCAUCUCAGAACUCAGUUUACUUCUCAAUUAACCACAACGCGUUAAACCUGUCUUUAUUAAUUGUUUAAUUAAAUCUAAUCUUCAAUUAAACCCUAGAUAAACCCUUACUUAAUUUUUUCUUUUUUUAAAUUCGAAUUCGAUCCCGUCUCUGCUAAUGGCCACCAACGCUGAUUCUACUCCUUCUGUCCCCGUUUCUGCUCCACUCGUACCCAAGAAAGAAAAUAUUACUCCGAUUGGCUCUAAAAUCACCGAAUUGAAUGAAUCGAGGGCAGAGUUGCUUAAUAGAAUUCAAGGGCUCAAGCAGGAUUUGCAAAACUGGAGAUCAAAAUUAGACACUCAAGUCAAGAUCUACCGCGAUGAGCUGUCUGAAAUGAAGAAAUCACUGAGUGUUGAAGUUGAUCAACUUCGAUCAGAAUUUCAAGACUUGAGGAGCACUCUCCAGCAACAACAAGAUGAUGUUACUGCUAGUCUCAGAAAUUUGGGGCUGCAGGAUGUUUCAGGAGAUGCCAAAGAGGUCCAAGAUCCCAAGGUUGAUGAAAAAGAUGGGGAAGUCUGUUCUUCCCCAGUGGAGGAUGACGCUAAAAAGGAUGAAAACUAGAUUGGUUUCAAUUCUAUGUUAAUUUAUUUUACUCUGCGCUCUCACAGGAAAUUUGGUGUCCCUCUAUCUAUCCAAAUCCAAAUCAUAAUCGUUGUAUUUGUUCAAAUCUGUUAUUGCCAUGUUGUCCAGACAGAAGUCUCAUUUGAAUAAAUUGAGACAUGGACUUGUGAUCUGCCUAGGUUUCUAUUCAAGCACGCAUAGAUUUUUUCUUCGCC